UAUACCAGUAAAACGGAUCCUGUAUUGCGCGAAAUGAAGCCAACACCGGCUGCCGAUGAAAUGUUCAGCACGGAUAUGGAAGAGUCGGGUAGCUCCUCAGGUCUACUAAUCGAUUUGCCAACUAAUGAAAAGCAGGUGCAUGCCGACUUCUACAACGAUUUCGAGGAUUUAUUUGAUGAUGACGAUGAUGUGCCAGCAAAGACUAUUGGUUAACUCAAUAUCAAAAGUUCAUUUUGGAAAUUAUGUUAAAUACCUAUAAGUAAAUAUUUUUAAUUAAUAAAACAUUCAUUUGAAUUUUCAA